CUUUCUACCAGGACUACUACCGGCAAUUUGGAGACUUGUUGAACGAGAUAGAGGUCGCUGGCGUUCCCAUUGAUGUGAAGUUAAGAUGAUGACCAUAGAUUUAGAUACGGUUACGUGUUGAUACAAGUAUUCUCAAGUUGCUCAUUUACAAAUACUCGUUUACGUACUGAUAGGAGUAUUAGUAAGCAAUACGUUUACGCACUCCUACUCACGGGUAGGAGUAUUACUAAAAUGCUUGAUGAGCUCCUUAUUCUUGUCUUUCACAGGUGGAAUAAAUGCUUGCGAGCAUCCGUAUAUUGGAUGUUAUGGGGGACUUUCGAGCAUCCUCAUCGAGUUUGAGACACACAAGAUGAGACUAAAUUUCUGCUACAGCUAGUACAGCUACACAUCUUACACUUACUCCCUCUAAAAAUGCAUCUGAAAAAGGUGGAAAAGCUUGCUAUAUCCGACUACAAUAAAGAGAUCAAGGCGAUUCAUGCUUGGAUUCGAGAGCAUUUACCGGAAAUGGACAAGCCAGAACUCCUCAAUUUGAGUUCACCAGCACAGCUUCAGGUCUUUCUUUUACGGAGCGUGAGCGGCUCGUUUAUUUAAUAAGUUAAAGAACUGAAUAAACUACUACUUGUGCUUGUCAGAGUAGAGAGACAGAUUAAGUGAUGUUUAUUUUUUAGCAAGGUCCUAAAGUAAAAUAAAUUGAAGGCUUGCUCCUCCCAUGGAUCGGAUGGACCCCCCUGAUUCUUCCGAUCCUACGUGAAAUGGUGGGAAGUCCAUCCGAUCCAUCCGAUCCAUCCCAUCCCGGAUCUGGCACCACUAUAAACUUUUUCAAAUAUUGAUACAUAAUUUGCUGUGCCUCUAAUCGGCUACGGGAACUACUGUCCAGUUUACGGCCAACGCGGACCAGCCAUUUACAACGAAAGGGAUCGCAACUUGAAGAUACCGCAUAAGAAGGAGUUCACAGUCGAGACCAUCACUGAAGAGAGUCUAGAAUGGGCAGGAAUCGAGGUCGCAUCUCACGAGAUCAGCCUAGCAGUGGAUGCUGAUUUUGAAGAUAAAGACCAUGAGCAUGAAGUUGGUGUGGUAGAAGAUACAAGGGCAACUAGUUGUCCUGGUAGUAGUGCGACUACGAUCAACAGCCAUAGUACUUCUCAGACGUCGACAGGAAAGAAGAAUUCUCCCGCGUCAGUAUCAAUAGAAGCCAGUGGUGAAUCUACCACAUCUGCUGUGGCUUCGACUUCUACAGGUUCCUCGUCUACCUCUAGCAGAAGUACCACCAGCGCUCCAACAUCAUCAGUCUUGGAGGACGACACAGCAGCACCAGUCACAGCAGAAGUUGUACCAAAAACAGCAGUUCCAAAAGCUUCUACAACAACAAGUGAGGAGCAAGGUAAGAAGGAGACGAGUUCACCACGGUUAGGACCUCCAGAGCAAGAGACAAAAACCAAAAGCAAGAAGCAGAAACGAACGUUUGUGGUUUGUGGAUUAGGAUUAAGACCUCCGAGACGGGACAAAGAUAGUAUAGGGCCAGGUGGGUGGCCCAAAACUUGUAGGGUGGCUUUGGAACGCAUACGGGAGAUGUGUGCAAACCAUCACUACGAAUCCUACCGCGUGAAAGUGCCUCUCAUCGACAACAUUAUCAAGGCGAAACAGUACCUCAUCAAAUUCUUUUUGUUUCAUUUCUGGACUUUUGAUCCUCAAGUAGAUAGUUUCUACUCACCUAUCAAGAUUAACACAUCAUGCCUCCUGACGAGGUCUAUUUGAAACGACCCGUACGACCCCACCAGGGCUCGCGCGAUGUUGACGUAUUUCAUCAAGCCCUUGAAGGCUCUCGCUGAGAGUGGACGUAUUCAUCCAAGCUUGAUGCUUGACACGUCGACUGGGAGGCUUGCUUGUCGUGCACCAAAUUUGCAGAAUCAACCUGCUUUGGACAAAGACGUGUACCAAGUUCGCAAAUCCGUUCGAGCUGGCACUGGAAACUGCCUAGUCGUCUGUGAUUUCUCGCAACUGGAACUCAGAGUAUUCGCUCAUGAGACGAACUGUGAGUCUAUUAAGGCUUGUAGUUCUAGUCAUUUGAUUCAUGAUUUUGAGUAGAAGGAUGGAAGGAACCAACUUCUAGAAUCAAUUACUUAGAAAGCAUCUUGAUCUUGAUCUUCCUUCGGGCCCUUUUAAUUUUGUAAGGAGGAAACACGUCCAAGAUGAUGCCUUUCGAGAUGAGCAUCCCUUUUGUAAGGCUGAGGAGCAAACACGUCCAAGGUGAUGCCUUUCGAGAUGAAUCCCGCAUGCUCUAAGUCUAUGCUCCAGAAAUUUCAGUCUGGCGGAGACUUUCACUCGGAGACAGCGGCUGAAAUGUACCCUGAGGAGAUCGGGUUGAAAAUUCAGCGUGGCGAGCUAUCCCUGGAUGACGUGAAGCAACAAUUCGGAGAAAAGAGGAAAUUAUGUUAUAGUUGACUAAUAGUCAUAGGAUUCACCACAAUUAUAGUUGACUCAUAGUCAUUUAGGAUAGAAUUGUUCAACGAACAAGUUAUUCGGCUGUAUACCUACAAUCACGCGAAGAAAUAUAAUUAGUGAACCACAAAGUAUAAUGUAUGACUCUGACUCACCCUUCCUCCUCCUCCUUCCGCACCUCCUCCGCCUCCUCCUCAACCACUCUUCUGACCAUCAUUAUCCUCUAACCCUUGCCGCCAAGACGAUGAAUUUUGGCAUUGCGUAUGGGCGGUCAGCUUUUUCCAUCGGCAAAGAGCUCGAUAUUUCUAGUAGGGAAGCGGAAGACGUCAUCUCUAGUUGGUAUCGUAGCAAACCGGAAGUAAUCGAAUGGAAACGAAGAAUUGAAUGGGAAAUGAGAAAACACGAAAAAACGGCGUCACUGUUUUUAUGGAGGAUUAACUAAGGUAGACUUUUCCACAGACACGACUGUGAUGUGUAAUGCGUAAGUGCUGUAUGCGUAUGGAGAUGUCUUUAGAGGACAUGAUCAUAUUCAUAGGUGAGUAUAAGUUCGUUGUUCUUCGGGAGUCUUGAAUAUUGAAUUAGGGAAGCAACUUUCGUUGUGGCAAGUACUAGACAUCCCCUUGAAUGUGAGUUGAAGAGAGGUUCUCAUCAAAACGUGGAGGUACUAUUCGGUAUUUCCUAAGAAAUCCAAACUUCCCAACAAAAUCCUUCUUCUAACUCCAGGUCGCCAUCGCUUGUUACCGCACAUCAAGCAUCACGAGGUGAAGCAUAGGAUGCAUUCAGAGCGUGCGGGGAUCAAUCACAAGAUCCAAGGAAGUGCUGCGGAUAUUGUCAUGCUUGCGAUGUUGAAUUACGGCGUUGACACCUUGCUUGCAGUAGUGGUAAGUUUGAAUUGGAAUUUGUUCAAUUUCACAAGCACACCUCCUUAUAAAAAUUCAGAUAUUAAACGAAGAGCAAGUACGGUUUUUGUGAUCGCACGGGAUGCAUUAGUGCCUCGAGGACACGAUCGACAGCGACACGGCAAAUGAAUUUUCGGAGGACAGCAGCUUCAACAUGGAGCUUAACAGACAAGAACGUCAUUCUCUAAUCCAAAUUGCGAAGCAACGAAAAGCUGAAGAAUUGGGGUUUCCGGCUUAUCUUGCAGAUCCACGAUGAGGUGAUUCUUGAGGGGCCAAAGGAGUAUGGGGAAGAAGCGUUGGACAUAGUGAAGGAGUGUAUGUCGAAGCCGUUUCCAGAAGACGAAAAAUUCAAAUUUCGGACCGAACUAGUGGUAGACGGAAAGGUUGGCGACACAUGGUAUGACUGUAAAUAGGUUGAGAGCUGCCAAAGCUUGGUCGUGAUACGUGAUAUGAUUGUUGUAAAUAGACGGAAGAGAGAUAGCUCAUUGGAUUUGAAGAGACUCACUGCUUGACAAGAAUAAGUAGGUUAUUUUGAGGUUCUACUGGUUCACUAGGUUUUGACUCAUUAUCCCCGAGCUCUACUCCAGCUAUUUUAGCAAUCAAUGUUAUGGUUAUCGUUUCCGACUUCAAUGAAAAGCGCGGGUAAUUCUCGUUUCGAGGAUUUAUGGUUUAUUAUUUAUAUUUAGGUGUAGAUGACAGAGAUUCAUUGUUUUCUUUUCCACAGAUAGUCACAGGUGCAGUUCGUUGGUUCGUUCAGAUUUAGGGCACAUCGCGAUAAGAUUUGGCUAGUAUUAGAUGUUCAUGAUCAAGUUUCUCUUUUCAAGAACGUGUAGGGUUAUGUUUCGCGUCCUGCACAGGUAUCAAGAAUAGUUUGAAGCAGUCACAACUAUUGUAUCUAUUUUUGGAUCAAAUGAUUUGUUGAUUUAGACUUACCGGUUGGGACGUCAGGGUGUUUCUCUUUCUGUAGCUAGCUAGUUUUGUACAGUGGUGGCAGAUAAUAUGCACGUUUUGUGCAGAGUUCGAAUUCGAUUCACAGACUCACAGGCUCCGAUAGCAAUGAGACCAGAGUAUGAAGAAGGUUCUUCACAGUUUUUGGUCAGACGAAGUUGUAGGAAGAUCGAGAGAAAUUACGAUUGAGAAUGACACGUUAAAUAGGAAUGGAAAUGGCCGUGUAUAGAAUUAAUGGCUGUUUUGAAUAUUGUAGGCAGUUUCAAGCACUUCUGGGGUAGACCUAGGAGUAAUUCCUAGGGUUACGAUGAAGAUGUAGGUGUAGCUAUACAGUAAAGAAAUUCCAAUAUUUUUUUCAAUUUCAGAGAAAUCGAAUUGCAAAGGUUUCAGAAUCAAUUCCUUUGCCAGCCCCAUAUCUAGGUCAAAGGUUGUUGAAAUUUUGUCAAGCAAUACUGUAUCUGUAGUAAAUGGUCAGUUGUGAAUCUGCGAGGCGGAGGUUCCCGCCAUCGACCAAAAUGAUGUUUAAGAGAAAACAAAAGACACGCUCACUAUCAGCAGGUAGAAGAAGCAGCCAUUUGAAAACAAGGACAAAGGAACGAGAUUCGCGGAAGACAAAUCCAUCCAAUAUCAGUAUUUUGUGGAGAAAAAAAGAUGACUCUCCUGCUGCUCG